AUGUCUACAUCCUACACCAUCUCCAUUGAGAAUAAUCGCGGUGCAAACACCAACUAUGCGACUUUUAUAGAUUCUCCUGAGUUUACCGGUGGGCUACAGCCUUUCAUGAACGUCUGGUAUACGUCGUUUGUUCCCAAUGGUGGAAGUUUUGAACUCCGCACUGGCACGGACUUUUAUGCAUGGACUGGCACUGUGCCCACUGCACCUGCUCCAGGAGUUAUUGUAAACAGCGGCAUGAGCUUGCUGGCUCGCCUUGGCACUACUUCAGUACCUGGAAGUACCUUUGAGAAGAAAGUCAUUCAGAAUUUCCCAGUCAUCGAGGAAAUCGGUCCACCGUCUGCCGUUUCAGGCGCUUACGAGAUUAAAACCGGCAACGAUUUCACCGUGCCCAAUAACACAUAUCUCGUUGGUCUUGCAAAGGUCAAUAAUCGAGGGCAGGUUGCUCCAGUUGCAUCGGUUGCUCCAAGGAAUGACAUGAGUAUCCAGAUCACUCCGAAGAUGAAGUUCUUCAUCACCGAGAGCCAACAAGUCCCAGGCGAGAUUGUCGACCGCCAUGCUAUUACUAGAGAGGGCGCUACCAUUGACUUUAGCAGUGGUGAAGGAGAGGGAAAGUUUUAUGCACGCGUUGUUCAGGGCACUGACGGAAGAUACACCGUUGCCUACUACAGUGGAUUUGACGAUUAUUGA